UCGAAAAACGUGGAUUAUACAUCACGAAAGACCGAAAACCCAACCAAAUUUCUAGGUCAUGGUUUUGGUCUGGAUGGCGCAAACCACUGGCGAGACUCCCCCCUCUCCUCCCCUUUACGACCUUAAAAGCCCCCUUUCGACCACCCUCCCUCUUCCCCUCCCUUUUCCGACCACCCCCUAGCACCCCAUCGAAAAUUAACCCCAAGACCCUUACCGGAAUUGAUCCCAAAACCCUACCCGUGGUGAGAAAAAAAGGGAAAAGUGUGGGCAACCUCCACUCCAACCUCUCUACACUCAAACUCCCGUCCAAAAAAAUAAUAAAAAAUAAAAAGAAAAAUCUCUACACUCAAACUAGAGCAGCAGCAGAGCUUUUAAUGCUAAUUCACACCUAAACUUUUCAAAUCAAUCAAUCAAGUAGUAAUUUUGUUCAGCCUUUUCGAUUAAUAUAUGGAGCUACCGUGUCUGGAUCAAACAGCUAUUAAUUUUAUGGGAUGCAAAGCAGAAACCGGUAAGAACCAAAAAAGAAAUGGAGAAAACAAAAAUGUUGAGGUAGCACUACAACUCUUGAAGUCGGCUACUAUUUUAUUGAGAAGGGAAACAGAGACCGAGUGCUCUCCGGAGGUUGAACAACCACGCUCUAGUAAAUUCAGUACUACAGGUAUGCAACCUGAGCGUCCUACUGCAGAAGAACUAGAAGCAAUGGCAUUGGUUCCAUCCCCACAGGUCAGACUAUUGACUCGUCAAACAAAGGAAGAGAAGGAUCUAUUGAAAAAGAUUGUUAUAGAUGUUGCUUACCCUCUGGUUAAAGAGGGUAAGAAAACUUGGCAAAGCAGAAAUUUAUGGUUUGACGUUCUCAAACAAUACAACAAUGAAGUAAAGCACCACAGACUACCAGGUAGUGGACCUAUGAAUGAAAUUCGUAACCUUUCAAUAUUGCUUGAUGUAUUAAGGAGCAUUUCGUGGUGCGAUUGCUCUUCAAAUUCGAAGAACAUAUGUGAGUGCAUUGAACCCCAUUUUCCACCUCCCUCGGAUGCAACACAGGCUUCUGUAAGUAGUGGGUCGCGAAAGAGAAGCCAUGAAUCAAUCGAUUCUGAGGACAUCAGUAAGAAAGUUGCUCGUGCAGUACAUGAUUUGAAAAGAAGUGGAGUUCUUACCCGCGACCUCGCGGGGAAUGUGUCAACACUCUAUAGUAUGAUGAUAAAAAAGAACUUGCAUGUGAAUGUCAACGUUUUUCUCCUUGCGGCAGAAAAUGCAGAUGAUGCUCUUUCUAUACAACAACAAAUUGAUGAUGAUUUUGGAAAAUUCGGCUAUCUAAUGAUGUGA